AUGCAGCAACAUAUUGAUCAAAUGGACAAGCAAACCCAAAUGGUAACAAGCUGCCGUGAGCAGAUAGAGAGUCUGCUAGAAGAAAUCAGAGGUUGCUGCGAAAACGUUGAGAAGUCCAGGGAAAAGCUGCAGCAGUGCAUUGGAAUCCCAGAGCCAGGAGCCUUGUGGCUGCGUCAAAGGAACACCGAGCAGUGGAAGGAAACGUCAGCCCAGGUGGAAAAGGCCCAGCAGCAGGACAGGAUGAAGGUUUCCCAGGAGCAAGACUCGUCGAGCAGGGCUCUGGAGCAGCUGCGCCGGCAGUCCUCUGGCCAAGGGCACGCACUGGCCCAGGUGUGCAGAGAGAAGGAGCUGCUGGGCCAGGAGAAAGCUGCCCUUGAGGGACGACUGGCAGCUAUGGGACAGCAGCAACAAGAGCUUUGCAAGCAGCUGGCAGAGACCAGGUCAGCAAAGGACAUCCUGGAAUCCAGCCUGUCUGCUGCUCAGCUGCAGAUAUCUCAGCUGGAGAUGAGCAGGACCCAUCUGGAGGCUCAAGUGCUCACAGUCACACAGGCCAAGGCAGUGGUAGAAGGUGAAAACCUCGUGUGCUUUAAAAAUGAGCAAGAAAGACACCGUGCAGAGUUGCAGGAGAUGCUGAAGCAAUGGCAAGAAGAGAAGGCAAAGAGAGAGCAGGAACACGAGAAGGUGCUGCUUGAGAUGAGGCAGAAAGUUGCCACCCUGCAGGCCCAACAACAAGAACAACAAAUCAGAUUUGAAAAAGCCAAGCGACAGGUGCAGCAAAAGGAGCAGAAUGAGAAGAGGGCUUUAACAGAGACACUGCUCCAAACUCGAGGAGACCUCAGCCAAGCGUGCCAGCAGGUGGAAGAGUUGACAUUUCAGCUGGCAGCCUCCCGAGAGUUCCAGGAAAGCACUGUCCAGAGAGCCCAGCAGGAUGUGAGUGAGGCCCAGGAAGAGUCAAGGCAGAAGCAAUUGGAGGCUGAACACAUCCAGAAGCAGCUGGGGGAGAAAGAACAUCAGAAGAAGAAGCUUCAAGUGUACCUGCAGAAUGUGGAGAGGGAAUGGAGUCAUUGGGAAGAAGUGGCACGCAAAAAUUCAGAAUACCAUGCUUUUGUGAGUGCCCUAAAGAGGGAAAGAACCAGGCUGAUUCGGUCACUCGAGGAAAAGAACGUGUGCCUCAGAUCACUGGAAGAAAAGAACGUGGCACUGAACAAUCAGCUGUCUCAGUUUCAUUCUGCUCUUCAGCAGGCUGAGCAGCUCUCUUCAAUUCGUGCCAGAAAAAUGCAGAAGCUCAACAGCCAGGCUGAGGUGUCUGAGCUGCGUCUGAGGCUCCAGAGCUCUGAGGAAAGAGCAGAGGCCAUGGCCACACACUGUGAGGCCAUGGAGAUGGAGCUGAAGAUUGCUCAUGCUGACUACAACCAAAUCAAGGCCUGCAAUCAGGAGCUGCAGACACUGUUGGAGGAAACUCAGCAAGCAACGUGGAGGGCAGAACAUGAGAAAAUCUUUCUAAGAACGGGCCUGAAGGAUGUGGCCACUACCCUGAAGGAAGAGGCUGUGACUGUUCAUCAAGAGAUGGAAUAUCCUCAGAGGAAACUGGAGAGUCAGGAGAAGGAAAGGAAGGAUCUUCUGCAUGAACGGGAAUUGUAUGAACAGCAGCUGAGAGACCUGGAAAAGAAGAAGGAAAUGGGUGCACCUGACAUCCAAAGAUGGAAGAAGAUAACCCAGGAAUUGGAAAUGGAGAGGGAAGACAUGCAGGAAGAGUUGGACCAUGGGACUGCUGCUGCCUUGAUGAAGAGCAGAAGAGGAGAACUCAAAGGGAGAGAGAAUGUUCAAGUCCUGAGAUCAGCACUGAGGAAGAGUGAAGUGGCCAAAGGGACGUUGAAGAAAAACUUCAUAAUCCUGCAGAGAAAAUCUCCUGACAACAGCAUAGGCCAGUCUCAUCUCCAGGUGCUGCAGGAAGGGCAGAAUGAGAAGAGGGCUUUAACAGAGACACUGCUCCAAACUCGAGGAGACCUCAGCCAAGCGUGCCAGCAGGUGGAAGAGUUGACAGCUCAGCUGGCAGCCUCCAGAGAGUUCCUGGAAAGCACUGUCCAGAGAGCCCAGCAGGAUGUGAGUGAGGCCCAGGAAGAGUCACGUCAGAAGAUGUUGGAGACUGAGCACAUCCAGAAGAGGCUGGAGGAGGCAGAAGAUCAGAAGAAGGAGCUCCAAAUGCAGCUGCAGAACUUGGAGAGGGAAAGGAAUCAAUGGGAUGAAGUGGCACAGCAAAAUUCAGAAUUGCAGGCUUCCAUGAAUGUCCUAGGGAGGGAAAAAGCCAGGCUGAUUCUGUCACUCGAGGAAAAGAACGUGUGCCUCAGAUCACUGGAAGAAAAGAACGUGGCACUGAACAAUCAGCUGUCUCAGUUCAAUUCUGCUCUUCAGCAGGCUGAACAGCUCUCUUCAAUUCGUGCCAGAAAAAUGCAGGAGCUCAACAGCCAGAUCCAGGCCCUGCAGGAUGCAGUGUUGGAGAUGGAGGCUGCCAAGGCAACUCGAGAGAAGGAGCUGCUGCAGGAGCUGGGAAAGUCCCGAGCAGGAGAACAGAGCUUGAGGGACGCUGUGCAUGUGCUGCAGGCUGAGGUGUCUGAGCUGCGUCUGAGGCUCCAGAGCUCUGAUGACAAAGCUCUUACGUCAGCCAUACAGUGUGAGAGUGUGAAGCUGGAGCUGAGGAAGACACAGACUCAGAGGAACAACCUCAGCACCCGCAACCUGGAGCUGCAGAAGGACUUGGAGGAAAUUGAGAGAGAUUUGUGUAGGGCUGAAAACAAGCACAUUUCUCGAGAAAGUGCCCUGAAGAAAGAGUCUUUUACUUUUCGUCAGGGGGUGGCAUCUCUGCAGAGAAAAUUGGAGAGCCAGGAGAAGGAAAGGAAGGAUGUGCUGCAUGAACGGGAAUUGUAUGAACAGCAGCUGAGAGACCUGGAAAAGAAGAAGGAAAUGGGUGCACCUGACAUCCAAAGAUGGAAGAAGAUAACCCAGGAAUUGGAAAUGGAGAGGGAAGACAUGCAGGAAGAGUUGGACCAUGGGACUGCUGCUGCCUUGAUGAAGAGAAGAAGAGGAGAACUCAAAGGGAGAGAGAAUGUUCAAGUCCUGAGAUCAGCACUGAGGAAGAGUGAAGUGGCCAAAGGGACGUUGAAGAAAAACUUCAUAAUCCUGCAGAGAAAAUCUCCUGACAACAGCAUAGGCCAGUCUCAUCUCCAGGUGCAGCAAAAGGAGCAGAAUGAGAAGAGGGCUUUAACUGAGGCACUGCUCCAAACUCGAGGAGACCUCAGCCAAGCGUGCCAGCAGACCAUCAAGGCAAAACUGCAAGCUGAGCUGCAGGAAGCUCACAAUGAAAUCCAGACAGCACAGAAGAGGCACAAGGAGGAACUACAAUGCAUGAAAGAGGAGAUGAAUGUCCUCUUUGAGCAGAGGGAUGCUCUACAAGAGCAGGUGGAAGAGUUGACAGCUCAGCUGGCAGCCUCCCGAGAGUUCCUGGAAAGCACAGUCCAGAGAGCCCAGCAGGAUGUGAGUGAGGCCCAGGAAGAGUCAAGGCAGAAGAUGUUGGAGGCUGAAGACAUCCAGAAGAGGCUGGAGGAGGCAGAAGAUCAGAAGAAGGAGCUACAAAUGCAGCUGCAGAACUUGGAGAGGGAAAGGAAUCAAUGGGAUGAAGUGGCACAGCAAAAUUCAGAAUUGCAGGCUUCCAUGAAUGUUCUAGGGAGGGAAAAAGCCAGGCUGAUUCUGUCACUCGAGGAAAAGAACGUGUGCCUCAGAUCACUGGAAGAAAAGAACGUGGCACUGAACAAUCAGCUGUCUCAGUUCAAUUCUGCUCUUCAGCAGGCUGAGCAGCUCUCUUCAAUUCGUGCCAGAAAAAUGCAGAAGCUCAACAGCCAGAUCCAGGCCCUGCAGGAUGCAGUGUUGGAGAUGGAGGCUGCCAAGGCAACUCGAGAGAAGGAGCUGCUGCAGGAGCUGGGAAAGUCCCAAGCAGGAGAACAGAGCUUGAGGGACGCUGUGCAUGUGCUGCAGGCUGAGGUGUCUGAGCUGCGUCUGAGGCUCCAGAGGUCUGAUGACAAAGCUCUUACGUCAGCCAUACAGUGUGAGAGUGUGAAGCUGGAGCUGAGGAAGACACAGACUCAGAGGAACAACCUCAGCACCCGCAACCUGGGGCUGCAGAAGGACUUGGAGGAAAUUGAGAGAGAUUUGUGUAGGGCUGAAAACAAGCACAUUUCUCGAGAAAGUGCCCUGAAGAAAGAGUCUUUUACUUUUCGUCAGGGGGUGGCAUCUCUGCAGAGAAAAUUGGAGAGCCAGGAGAAGGAAAGGAAGGAUGUGCUGGUGUCCCUGCUGCAGUCACAGCUGGCCCGAGACCGACAGCACCGGCAGAACUACAUUGAGAGCUGCUCAAGGACCAGCCAGGAGCUGGAGCUCGAGGACUUUCUCACCAGGGACAAUCCUCCAGAGCCCCUGAGUUGCUGCAAAAACCUUGAGAAGUCCAGGGAAAAGCUGCUGCAAUGCAUUGGAAUCCCAGAGCCAGGAGCCUUGUGGCUGCAUCAAAGGAACACCGAGAAGCAGAAGGAAACGUCAGCCCAGGUGGAAAAGGCCCAGCAGCAGGACAGGAUGAAGGUUUCCCAGGAGCAAGACUCGUCGAGCAGGGCUCUGGAGCAGCUGCGCCGGCAGUCCUCUGGCCAAGGGCACGCACUGGCCCAGGUGUGCAGAGAGAAGGAGCUGCUGGGCCAGAAGAAAGCUGCCCUUGAGGGACGACUGGCAGCUAUGGGACAGCAGCAACAAGAGCUUUGCAAGCAGCUGGCAGAGACCAGGGCAGCAAAGGAGAGCCUGGAAUCCAGCCUGUCUGCUGCUCAGCUGCAGAUAUCUCAGCUGGAGAUGAGCAGGACCCAUCUGGAGGCUCAAGUGCUCACAGUCACACAGGCCAAGGCAGUGGUAGAAGGUGAGGACCUCGUGUGCUUUAAAAAUGAGCAAGAAAGACACCAUGCAGAGUUGCAGGAGAUGCUGGAACAAUGGCAAGAAGAGAAGGCAAAGAGAGAGCAGGAACACGAGGAGGUGCUGCUUGAGAUGAGGCAGAAAGUUGCCACCCUGCAGGCCCAACAACAAGAACAACAAAUCAGAUUUGAAAAAGCCAAGCGACAGGUGCAGCAAAAGGAGCAGAAUGAGAAGAGGGCUUUAACAGAGACACUGCUCCAAACUCGAGGAGACCUCAGCCAAGCGUGCCAGCAGGUGGAAGAGUUGACAUCUCAGCUGGCAGCCUCCCGAGAGUUCCAGGAAAGCACAGUCCAGAGAGCCCAGAAGGAUGUGAAUGAAGCCCAGGAAGAGACAAGGCAGAAGCAAUUGGAGGCUGAUCACAUCCAGAAGCAGCUGGGGGAGAAAGAACAUCAGAAGAAGAAGCUUCAAGUGUACCUGCAGAAUGUGGAGAGGGAAUGGAGUCAUUGGGAAGAAGUGGCACACAAAAAUUCAGAAUACCAUGCUUUUGUGAGUGCCCUAAAGAGGGAAAGAACCAGGCUGAUUCUGUCUCUGGAGAAAAAGAACGUGUGCCUCAGAUCACUGGAAGAGAAGAACGUGGCACUGAACAAUCAGCUGUCUCAGUUCAAUUCUGCUCUUCAGCAGGCUGAACACCUCUCUUCAAUUCGUGCCAGAAAAAUGCAGAAGCUCAACACCCAGAUCCAGGCCCUGCAAGAUGCAGUGUUGGAGAUGGAGGCUGCCAAGGCAACUCGAGAGAAGGAGCUGCUGCAGGAGCUGGAAAAGUCCCGAGCAGGAGAACAGAGCUUGAGGGACGCUGUGCAUGUGCUGGAGGCUGAGGUGUCUGAGCUGCGUCUGAGGCUUCAGAGCUCUGAGCAAAGAGCAGAGACCAUGGCCACACACUGUGAGGCCAUGGAGAUGGAGCUGAGGAUGGCUCAGGCUGACAACAACCAAAUCAAGGCCUGCAAUCAGGAGCUGCAGACACUGUUGGAGGAAACUCAGCAAGCAACGUGGAGGGCAGAACAUGAGAAAAUCUUUCUAAGAACGGGCCUGAAGGAUGAGGCCACUGCCCUGAAGAAAGAGGCUGUGACUGUUCAUCAAGAGAUGGAAUAUCCUCAGAGGAAACUGGAGAGUCAGGAGAAGGAAAGGAAGGAUGUGCUGCAUGAACGGGAAUUGUACAAACAGCAGCUGAGAGACCUGGAAAAGAAGAAGGAAAUGGGUGCACCUGACAUCCAAAGAUGGAAGAAGAUAAGCCAGGAAUUGGAAGUGGAGAGGGAAGACAUGCAGGAAGAGUUGGACCAUGGGACUGCUGCCGCCGCCUUGAACAAGAGCAGAAGAGGAGAACUCAAAGGGAGAGAGAAUGUUCAAGUACUGAGAUCAGCACUGAGGAAGAGUGAAGUGGCCAAAGGGACGUUGAAGAAAAAGUUAGUGAUCCAGCAGAUAAAAUCUCCUGACAACAGCAUAGGCCAGUCUCAUCUCCAGGUGCAGCAAAAGGAGCAGGAUGAGAAGAGGGCUUUAACAGAGACACUGCUCCAAACUCGAGGAGACCUCAGCCAAGCGUGCCAGCAGACCAUCAAGGCAAAACUGCAAGCUGAGCUGCAGGAAGCUCAGAAUGAAAUCCAGACAGCACAGGAGAGGCACAAGGAGGAACUACAAUGCAUGAAAGAGGAGAUGAAUGUCCUCCUUGAGCAGAGGGAUGCACUACAAAAGCAGGUGGAAGAGUUGACAGCUCAGCUGGCAGCCUCCCAGGAGUUCCUGGAAAGCACAGUCCAGAGAGCCCAGCAGGAUGUGAGUGAGGCCCAGGAAGAGUCACGUCAGAAGAUGUUGGAGGCUGAAGACAUCCAGAAGAGGCUGGAGGAGGCAGAAGAUCAGAAGAAGGAGCUCCAAAUGCAGAUGCAGAACUUGGAGAGGGAAAGGAAUCAAUGGGAAGAAGUGGCACAGCAAAAUUCAGAAUUGCAGGCUUCCAUGAAUGCCCUAGGGAGGGAAAAAGCCAGGCUGAUUCUGUCACUCGAGGAAAAGAACGUGUGCCUCAGAUCACUGGAAGAAAAGAAUGUGGCACUGAACAAUCAGCUGUCUCAGUUCAAUUCUGCUCUUCAGCAGGCUGAACACCUCUCUUCAAUUCGUGCCAGAAAAAUGCAGAAGCUCAACACCCAGAUCCAGGCCCUGCAAGAUGCAGUGUUGGAGAUGGAGGCUGCCAAGGCAACUCGAGAGAAGGAGCUGCUGCAGGAGCUGGGAAAGUCCCGAGCAGGAGAACAGAGCUUGAGGGACGCUGUGCAUGUGCUGCAGGCUGAGGUGUCUGAGCUGCGUCUGAGGCUCCAGAGGUCUGAUGACAAAGCUCUUACGUCAGCCAUACAGUGUGAGAGUGUGAAGCUGGAGCUGAGGAAGACACAGACUCAGAGGAACAACCUCAGCACCCGCAACCUGGAGCUGCAGUGGGACUUGGAGGAAAUUGAGAGAGAUUUGUGUAGGGCUGAAAACAAGCACAUUUCUCGAGAAAGUGCCCUGAAGAAAGAGUCUUUUACUUUUCGUCAGGGGGUGGCAUCUCUGCAGAGGAAAUUGGAGAGCCAGGAGAAGGAAAGGAAGGAUCUUCUGGUGUCCCUGCUGCAGUCACAGCUGGCCCGAGACCGACAGCACCGGCAGAACUACAUUGAGAGCUGCUCAAGGACCAGCCAGGAGCUGGAGCUCGAGGACUUUCUCACCAGGGACAAUCCUCCAGAGCCCCUGAGUUGCUGCAAAAACCUUGAGAAGUCCAGGGAAAAGCUGCUGCAAUGCAUUGGAAUCCCAGAGCCAGGAGCCUUGUGGCUGCAUCAAAGGAACACCGAGAAGCAGAAGGAAACGUCAGCCCAGGUGGAAAAGGCCCAGCAGCAGGACAGGAUGAAGGUUUCCCAGGAGCAAGACUCGUCGAGCAGGGCUCUGGAGCAGCUGCGCCGGCAGUCCUCUGGCCAAGGGCACGCACUGGCCCAGGUGUGCAGAGAGAAGGAGCUGCUGGGCCAGAAGAAAGCUGCCCUUGAGGGACGACUGGCAGCUAUGGGACAGCAGCAACAAGAGCUUUGCAAGCAGCUGGCAGAGACCAGGGCAGCAAAGGAGAGCCUGGAAUCCAGCCUGUCUGCUGCUCAGCUGCAGAUAUCUCAGCUGGAGAUGAGCAGGACCCAUCUGGAGGCUCAAGUGCUCACAGUCACACAGGCCAAGGCAGUGGUAGAAGGUGAGGACCUCGUGUGCUUUAAAAAUGAGCAAGAAAGACACCAUGCAGAGUUGCAGGAGAUGCUGGAACAAUGGCAAGAAGAGAAGGCAAAGAGAGAGCAGGAACACGAGGAGGUGCUGCUUGAGAUGAGGCAGAAAGUUGCCACCCUGCAGGCCCAACAACAAGAACAACAAAUCAGAUUUGAAAAAGCCAAGCGACAGGUGCAGCAAAAGGAGCAGAAUGAGAAGAGGGCUUUAACAGAGACACUGCUCCAAACUCGAGGAGACCUCAGCCAAGCGUGCCAGCAGGUGGAAGAGUUGACAUCUCAGCUGGCAGCCUCCCGAGAGUUCCAGGAAAGCACAGUCCAGAGAGCCCAGAAGGAUGUGAAUGAAGCCCAGGAAGAGACAAGGCAGAAGCAAUUGGAGGCUGAUCACAUCCAGAAGCAGCUGGGGGAGAAAGAACAUCAGAAGAAGAAGCUUCAAGUGUACCUGCAGAAUGUGGAGAGGGAAUGGAGUCAUUGGGAAGAAGUGGCACACAAAAAUUCAGAAUACCAUGCUUUUGUGAGUGCCCUAAAGAGGGAAAGAACCAGGCUGAUUCUGUCUCUGGAGAAAAAGAACGUGUGCCUCAGAUCACUGGAAGAAAAGAACGUGGCACUGAACAAUCAGCUGUCUCAGUUCAAUUCUGCUCUUCAGCAGGCUGAACACCUCUCUUCAAUUCGUGCCAGAAAAAUGCAGAAGCUCAACACCCAGAUCCAGGCCCUGCAAGAUGCAGUGUUGGAGAUGGAGGCUGCCAAGGCAACUCGAGAGAAGGAGCUGCUGCAGGAGCUGGAAAAGUCCCGAGCAGGAGAACAGAGCUUGAGGGACGCUGUGCAUGUGCUGCAGGUUGAGGUGUCUGAGCUGCGUCUGAGGCUCCAGAGCUCUGAGGAAAGAGCAGAGGCCAUGGCCAUACACUGUGAGGCCAUGGAGAUGGAGCUGAGGAUGGCUCAGGCUGACAACAACCAAAUCAAGGCCUGCAAUCAGGAGCUGCAGACACUGUUGGAGGAAACUCAGCAAGCAACGUGGAGGGCAGAACAUGAGAAAAUCUUUCUAAGAACGGGCCUGAAGGAUGAGGCCACUGCCCUGAAGAAAGAGGCUGUGACUGUUCAUCAAGAGAUGGAAUAUCCUCAGAGGAAACUGGAGAGUCAGGAGAAGGAAAGGAAGGAUGUGCUGCAUGAACGGGAAUUGUACGAACAGCAGCUGAGAGACCUGGAAAAGAAGAAGGAAAUGGGUGCACCUGACAUCCAAAGAUGGAAGAAGAUAAGCCAGGAAUUGGAAGUGGAGAGGGAAGACAUGCAGGAAGAGUUGGACCAUGGGACUGCUGCCGCCGCCUUGAACAAGAGCAGAAGAGGAGAACUCAAAGGGAGAGAGAAUGUUCAAGUACUGAGAUCAGCACUGAGGAAGAGUGAAGUGGCCAAAGGGACGUUGAAGAAAAAGUUAGUGAUCCAGCAGAUAAAAUCUCCUGACAACAGCAUAGGCCAGUCUCAUCUCCAGGUGCAGCAAAAGGAGCAGGAUGAGAAGAGGGCUUUAACAGAGACACUGCUCCAAACUCGAGGAGACCUCAGCCAAGCGUGCCAGCAGACCAUCAAGGCAAAACUGCAAGCUGAGCUGCAGGAAGCUCAGAAUGAAAUCCAGACAGCACAGGAGAGGCACAAGGAGGAACUACAAUGCAUGAAAGAGGAGAUGAAUGUCCUCCUUGAGCAGAGGGAUGCACUACAAAAGCAGGUGGAAGAGUUGACAGCUCAGCUGGCAGCCUCCCAGGAGUUCCUGGAAAGCACAGUCCAGAGAGCCCAGCAGGAUGUGAGUGAGGCCCAGGAAGAGUCACGUCAGAAGAUGUUGGAGGCUGAAGACAUCCAGAAGAGGCUGGAGGAGGCAGAAGAUCAGAAGAAGGAGCUCCAAAUGCAGAUGCAGAACUUGGAGAGGGAAAGGAAUCAAUGGGAAGAAGUGGCACAGCAAAAUUCAGAAUUGCAGGCUUCCAUGAAUGUCCUAGGGAGGGAAAAAGCCAGGCUGAUUCUGUCACUCGAGGAAAAGAACGUGUGCCUCAGAUCACUGGAAGAAAAGAAUGUGGCACUGAACAAUCAGCUGUCUCAGUUCAAUUCUGCUCUUCAGCAGGCUGAACACCUCUCUUCAAUUCGUGCCAGAAAAAUGCAGAAGCUCAACACCCAGAUCCAGGCCCUGCAAGAUGCAGUGUUGGAGAUGGAGGCUGCCAAGGCAACUCGAGAGAAGGAGCUGCUGCAGGAGCUGGGAAAGUCCCGAGCAGGAGAACAGAGCUUGAGGGACGCUGUGCAUGUGCUGCAGGCUGAGGUGUCUGAGCUGCGUCUGAGGCUCCAGAGGUCUGAUGACAAAGCUCUUACGUCAGCCAUACAGUGUGAGAGUGUGAAGCUGGAGCUGAGGAAGACACAGACUCAGAGGAACAACCUCAGCACCCGCAACCUGGAGCUGCAGUGGGACUUGGAGGAAAUUGAGAGAGAUUUGUGUAGGGCUGAAAACAAGCACAUUUCUCGAGAAAGUGCCCUGAAGAAAGAGUCUUUUACUUUUCGUCAGGGGGUGGCAUCUCUGCAGAGGAAAUUGGAGAGCCAGGAGAAGGAAAGGAAGGAUCUUCUGUCUCACCGGCAAAAUAGGUUCAGUUCUCAAAGAGAAGAGACCUCCAGCAGCUCAGGGGAGCAGUAG